AUGCAGUUCACACUAUCCGUCCUUGCAGUCCUUGGACUUGCCGCAGCGCAGUCUAGCACCACGACUGGCGCGCCCUCUGGAACGUCGAGCUCUCCGACAGCAGAGCAGACCUGCCUGAACGCUUGUGCGACUGGCGAUGUAAAUUGCCAGGCACAGUGUGUCGGUGUCCCAUUCCCAAAUGGCGCGCAGGUAAACGCGACCACUUCUUGCGCCUACGCGUGCCCACAGGGCGACGGCUCCGAAGCUGAGACCCAGGCAUACGCCCAAUGUCUUGCGAAGUGUAGCAACGAGUACUACUUCACCAGCAGCGGCACUGUCAACGUCGCCAAUGCAGAGUCUACCAAUGGUGGCUCAGCGGUCCAGUAUAACUCAGCCGCUGCGAUGACGACAGGGUCUAAUAACGGUACCGCAGCUGGAGCUGCUGGUGCAACCAUGACUGGAAGCGCGAGUCACUCCGGCGCAUCAGGAUCUGGCAGCAUGACCACAGCUGCGAGCACUGGCUCUGCACGCUCUUCGGCAAGUGGCUCCGGUCAAGCAAGUGGGACCGCUUCUUCAAGCGCUGCUGCUGCUUCUUCGUCCAGUGCUGCUGCUUCGCCCGCCACUUACUUCACAAGCCUCCAGCUUGGUGGCUUGCUCGGGCUCGUCAUGGCCGUCUUUGCCUUGUAG